UCGGUUUGUGAUGAAAAGAACGGUUGAGGGAAUGACGUUUCAAUUGUCUUUAAAUAUACAGCGUAUGUUUUAUGGUCAAAAGUCAAACAUGGUAUAUUUUCAUUAUUAAGUCGUAUGUGAUUAACUUCUUUUAAUGCAAUGUCACUAGUCGUCACAAAAGAGGCAGGGAAAAAGAGAAAACUGAAACCGAAAUAUUUAGGCUGACAUGGUCAAGCUGUGCCUGGUUGUUUUCUGUGGACUGCCAGCCUCGGGCAAGAGUACAUUGGUGCAAAACCUUAGGAAACAUGUAUGUGGCCUGUUUAACAUGUUAGUGAUCCACUAUGACCAGAUAUUGCCCCCAGACACAGAAAAGGCCCUCAUUGACAGCAGACAAGAGGGCUCCUCACAGUGGAAAGAUUACAGGAGGGAUAUUGUCAAGUGUGUACACGGUCUCAUUGAGAGAAUCAUACAUACAGGACUAACAGAACUAUUUAACAAUGUCCAUGAUGCACCAGCAGAUGUGGAUACAGAGCUUUGGUCUAUAUUCUUACAGAGUGUUAAGGUUUCCACAGUGUUGAGCCCCGACCCUGGGUGGCCAGUAUGUUUGCUGAUUGAUGACAACAUGUACUACUCCAGCAUGCGAUGGGGGUACUACCAGCUGGCCAGGAAAUAUACACUGUCCUACUGUCAGGUGUAUGUGAAGGUUGCCAUGGAGACGUCUUUACACCGUAACUCCAUAAGGGAGGUCAAGGUCAGAGAUGACACUAUUGUUUCCAUGGCAACCAGAUUUGAAAUCCCUGACCCUGCAGUAAAUACCUGGGAAGUCAACAGUGUAACUGUGGAAAGUGGACAGGAUAGAAAUAGUGAAGUCAUUGUACAGCUGAUACACCAAUCACUUGAAGAACCAGUCCAGCCCAUACAGGAAGUAGAUGAGGAGGAGAGUAACCAGUCUCGGGUUAUUUGCUCCAAGAACUUCCUGCACCAGGCAGACCAAAUAUUGCGCAGGCUCGUCACUCAGGAGAUGCAGUGCGUCAAAGAGAAAUCCAUGUCAAAGCAGGAAGUACGCAAGCAUGCAGAGUCUGUCCAGAGUUCUCGGAGACAAGUUCUUGACAAUCUCAAGGCUGAGGAAGUUUGCAUUCCAGAACAUCUCAUUGCAAUGGCAACAGAUUCUUCAAAAAAUGCCGAUAGUGAAAUGUUUACGUACCUUAAAAAGGAGUUUUUAAAAGCUCUUAGCAUAACCUGAGCACAAACGAUUUUUACAGUGUUAAUGAGAUAAACGAAAUCAGAUUUUGUACCAAUCUGGUGUUGUGGCAAGUCUGCUGAACUGUGGGUACAACAUGUACAACACGUACAGUCCAGAUUGACCGGAGAGGACUCAUUACUUGUAACCUGACAUUAGCCUCAAGCUGUGGUAAAGCAUCAGUUGACGGAUCCUCUAUGUGAUGUUUGAGUUCAGCUGCAUUUAGAUUAUUCCAUCAUAUAAUUGAAUUGUAAUAACCUAUGAAUAAAUUGCUCAAGUAGC